AUGUCAAGCAUCGGAGAGUUCGCCGCCAUUCCCCAUGAAGGGGAUGGCACAUUCGACAAUGUGUGGAAACGGGCUGCUAGAAGACCGGUCGCGUCGAUAUUCGUCCACGCGGGCGCAGGCUACCACAGCACUGUGAAUGAAAAGGUCCAUCUCAAGGCCUGCCAGGAUGCUGCUCGCAUAGCCAUGGCCUUCCUCAAGGCCGGCGCAACCGCUCCACAGGCUGUCGAAGCUGCCAUCAGGUGUCUCGAAGACAGGGAUAUCACGAAUGCUGGUUUCGGAAGUAACCUGAACAUCGAGGGCAUUGUCGAGUGUGACGCCACACUUGUUGAUCAUCUUGGGAGGAGCGGGGCAUGCGGUGCUGUCCAGGGAGUCAAAAAUCCCAUUUCUCUUGCGAAGAAGAUCCUGGAUACGAGCAGUCAGCCACUCACUCUCCGCCGAGUCCCGCCCAACAUUCUCGUAGGCCAAGGGGCCAAGGACUUUGCAGAGGAGCACGGACUCGUAACCGUUCGCAACGAGUUUCUGGUUUCCAGGAAUGCAAAAGACCGCUGGUUGCGUUGGAGCGAAGACCUGAAGAGGGCGGAGGCGAGAAGGAAGCCACCCACAAGAUUCAAUGCUGAGGGAUGGCCCCUCCCUAGAGCACCAUCACCAACCGUCUACGACGAGGCCGCCGAUCCAGCCAACAACUCCCAUCAUGUCCGAGAUCAUACUAGUGCGAUUCUCACGGGUACUUGGAACGAGGGCCAACCUGACUCGCCUGGCCGCAGCGGCUCCCCUCCGGGCGGGAACGGAUCCCGUUCGGUCACAGUCGAUCCGGCAUCACCUCGCUCCGACCCCACCAGAAAUCCUGGGGACACGCUGAAUCCACCCAAGAAUCCUGAGCGUCCUAGCCUAGACCUCCUGAGUGCCGCAUUUCAGCCACGCGGAAGCCCUGCAGCGCCGGAAGAGUCGGUGGAGUGCGCCGGUCUGAAACAGGAGUCGCCGUGUCCCGCCCCAAAGCGGAAGCAGCCUCCGUUGCCUUCGGUCAACGACGGACCAGUAGGCUGUGAUGACGGCGAGGUGGAUAUGGUAGAUGACUUUGACUACUACAGAACUUAUGGGUUUGACGCCUGGUACGACCAGGGCAAACCCACAGCUUCUGGAAGAAACCCGGUCAACGCGGCUAUGGACAUGGUGUCGGAUACCGUUGGGGCGAUUGCAAUCGACCUACAGGGCAACAUUGCAGCGGGCUCGUCCUCUGGAGGAAUUGGCAUGAAGCACAAGGGUCGCACCGGGCCUGCCGCUCUGGUAGGCGUUGGCACUGCUGUCGUGCCGGAGGAUCCCGACGACGACCUGGCCACUUCGGUGGCCGCAGUGACCAGCGGGACCGGCGAGCACAUGGCCACCUGCUUUGCCUCGGGAAAAUGCGCCGAGCGUCUGUACCAAGGGACCCGUCGCGGGCCCGGCGGACGGGACAUUCCCGAGGAGGACGAGCAUAACAUCAUGGAGUCCUUCAUCCUCGACGACUUCAUGAACCAUCCCGGGAUCAGGGACCAGCCGUCUGCUGGGGCCAUUGGUGUCAUGGCCGUCAAAAAAGACCGUAGUGGGGUGCACUUCUACUUUGCCCACAACACCGACUCGUUUGCGCUGGCUUCCAUGUCGUCGACCGAGAGAGAGCCGCUCUGUGUCAUGUCGCGCCUCGGUAAGACCGGGCGCGUCGCCCAGGGCGGGCGGAAGGUUCGGUUGGCUUGA